AAAUUGACCCUUGAUGAUCCCUCCACAUCUGUGAGGGUUGAUGUGUAAUUUAAACAAAAGUAUACGGGAGGGGCCCAGAAAGAUGCAUUCUUUCUCAAGGAUGGAGGAUAAACAUAGGGGGGAGGGUGGCUGAGUGAGCGAGGCAGGAACAUGCCAGAGGGACUCCAGCACUCGUUCACAUGAAGCAGACGCAGACUCGCCGCUGCUGAUCAUCCCUCAGCAUGAACCACAGACCACCGGGGGCCGAUCGCUGCAGGCCGGCUGCCGGCGACGCGGACCGAUCCGGCGCCAGGAGCCGGGACAACCUGCUCCUCUACGACGAUUUCAGGGAGGAAUUCUGCUGUGCCGGACAAUGCCUCGGCAGGCACAGCAGCUCUGAACGGCAGCUCGCAGCUCGCCUCAGCACCGGCAAGCGGCGGCAGGCCCUGCGAGCUCCUGCCUACAUGUUCUCGGCGCCGUCGUUCAGCCUGUCGGAGGUCGACCAGCGUUUCCUGGAGGCGGCCGAGUACGGCAACAUCCCAGAGGUGCGGCGCAUGCUGCUCCACGUCCCCAACCUGAACGUCAACGCCGUGAACUACAUGGGGCAGAAUGCGCUGCAGCUGGCUGUGGCCAACGAACAUCUGGAGGUGACGGAACUGCUGCUGGGGAGGGCCGAUUUGGCCCGAGUGGGAGAUGCUCUCCUUUUAGCCAUCAGUAAAGGUUAUAUCCGUAUCACAGAGGCGCUGCUCAGUCACCCUUCGUUUAGGGACGCUCACCGUCUGACAGCGAGUCCGGCUCAAGUAGACAUGCUGGAUGACUUCUAUGCGUACGAUGAAGAUGGGACAAGGUUUUCUCAUGAUGUGACGCCGGUGAUACUUGCAGCUCACUGCCAGGAGUACGAGAUAGUUCACACCCUGCUGAGCAAAGGGGCCCGCAUCGAUCCUCCUCACGACUACUUCUGUGGCUGCGACUCGUGUAACUAUCAGCAGCAGUAUGACUCCUUCAGCCACUCGCGCUCAAGGAUCAACGCCUACAGAGGACUGGCCAGUCCCGCGUACCUCUCCCUUUCUAACGAGGAUCCGGUGCUGGCGGCCCUGGAGCUCAGCAACGAGCUGGCCAUGCUGGCUGACAUCGAGAAAGAGUUUAAGAACGAUUACAGUCGCCUGUCAAACCAGUGUAAGGAUUAUGUGGUGGGCCUUCUGGACCUUUGUCGCAGCACAGAGGAGGUGGAGGCCAUCCUAAACGGAGAAACGGCUUUGGACGACAGCUACGACGUGCCGGGUCGCCCCUCCCUCACACGCCUCAAAUUAGCCAUCAAAUAUGAACUGAAGAAGUUUGUUGCCCAUCCAAACUGCCAGCAGCAGCUGCUGAGCAUUUGGUACGAGAACCUCCCCGGCCUGAGACAACAGACCACUGGUGUGAAGCUGCUGGUGGUCCUGGCUGUGGCGAUAGGACUGCCUGGACUGGCUGUGGCCUACUGGGUCACUCCCUGCAGCAGGGUGGGGAAAGUUCUGCGCAGCCCCUUCAUGAAGUUCGUCGCCCACGCCUCAUCCUUUACAAUUUUCCUGGGCCUGCUCAUCCUGAAUGCAGCCGACCGCUUUGCAGGCACCACCCUGCUGCCCAACAUGACCCACCAUCAGCUGCCUGGAAAUCCACAGCUCAAGACGGACCCCCUGCUGCUUCACCGCAAGACCACCACCCCCUUCACCUGGAUGGAGAUCCUAAUUAUUUCCUGGGUCAUGGGCAUGAUUUGGGCCGAAGUGAAGGAGAUCUGGAGCCAGGGACCCGGAGAGUACCUGGUGGAACCGUGGAACUUCCUGGACUUUGGGAUGCUGGCCAUAUUUCUGGCCUCGUUCAGCUGCCGCUUCUCUGCCAUGAAGCAAGCAGACUUGGCCCAGGCCUAUGUGUACAAACACUGCAAAACACUGUACAAACUGCCCCCAGAGAUACACUACUUCACCCUGGCACGUAUCCACUGGACCCCCUCGGACCCUCAGCUGGUGUCGGAGGGCCUGUACGCGAUCGCAGUGGUGCUGAGCUUCUCUCGGAUCGCUUACAUCCUGCCAGCGAACGAGAGCUUCGGCCCGCUGCAGAUCUCUCUGGGAAGGACCGUCAAAGACAUCUUCAAGUUCAUGGUCAUCUUCCUGCUGGUGUUCCUGGCGUUCAUGAUCGGCAUGUUCAACCUGUACUCCUACUACCUGGGAGCCAAGCAGAACGACGCCUUCACUACCCUGGAGGAGAGCUUCAAGACGUUGUUCUGGGCUAUAUUUGGACUGUCCGAGGUCAAGUCGGUGGUGAUCAACAACGGACACAAGUUCAUAGAGAACAUCGGCUACGUUCUGUACGGGGUUUACAACGUUACGAUGGUGAUAGUGCUGCUCAACAUGCUGAUCGCCAUGAUUAACAGCUCCUUCCAGGAGAUUGAGGACGACGCUGAUGUCGAGUGGAAGUUUGCUCGGGCAAAACUUUGGUUUUCUUACUUUGAGGAGGGAAGGACGCUCCCUGUCCCCUUCAAUCUGGUCCCUAGCCCAAAAUCGAUGCUGGGACUGGCCACAGCCACAAAGUCCAUCCUCUUACACCUGGUUCACAGACGCAGCGAGAAGCAAACUGAGACGCAACUCAAUCAGCUCGGGAAGAACAAAAAUCCAGGAUACGGAGGUUCAAAUGGUCCAACGAGGUAUCAGAAGAUCAUGAAGCGACUGAUCAAGCGUUAUAUAAUCAAAGCCCGAGCAGACAAGGAGAGCGAUGAGAUCACAGAAGGCGAGCUGAAAGAGAUCAAACAGGACAUCUCAAGUCUGCGAUACGAGCUGCUGGAGGAGAAAUCCCAGAACACGGAGACGCUUGACGGACUGCUGAGGAGGCUGGGAGAGUUCAGCACUCCGUCCUCUUAGCGCCGACUCAACCUCUGCCGAAACAUCAAAAGGCCGCCGUGUGCCUUUUGACAGCGACAGGGAGGAGGCAUCAUCAUAAAACAGGAACGAACGACGUGGAGACAAAGCUAUAAGUGGCAGCUUGGUGGACUUAAAGAGACAUUCUAGAAACCUUUUUUUUUUACAUAAAUAAAGAGUUUUGUAGCUUAGCUUCAGCCUCCAACAUAAGCUGAGAAUAUUGGACUGAUUUUUGACUUUUGUUUCAUAAGUCCAAGCUUUUAUUCAUAUCCGAUGUUUAAAUAACAUAUUGGAUUUUGUAAUCGCCUAAAUAUUUAAAUCUGACGUGGUUGUCUGGAGUUUCAGCGGGGAAACAUCCCUGCCGACAGGUACACAACAAGCUAGUUCUCACACGUGUACCCGGGCCUGUUAAAACGAUGUGAUCAUGAUACAUCCUCAAAUUUUUCUCUUAUUUUUUUAGCAGAAAGAACAGUAGAAAGACAGCAAUGUCAUACCCGACAUCUGUCAGGUGUAUAAACUGAUUUUAUGUCACGAUAUGUGGAGAAGGGGUUGAGAUUAUCAAAGCUUCGUGUUUCCUUUAAUAAAUCCUGCCAUUUUAACAGGGCUGUGUGCACAUACAGCAACUUACUGUGAUUUUAUAUUUUUCCCUCUUCAACAGCUGUAUUACAUUUUGUAAAUGCUUUCUCAUAAUGUGUCAUAACUUGUUUGCUGGAGUUGUAAGGUUUUCUUCCUGUCUAAAAACUUCAGGCUUAAAUAAAAUAUAUACUAUUCUGCCCAAUAA